AUGUCACAGCGAGGCUCCCCUCACGAGAUAUCCGAGCCGGACAGGGUGCUUAAUGGCCGCGCUGUUAUUGGCUCGCAGGUUGAUUCAAGCCAAGUAGACUUUUUGCAACCACUGGAAGACACACAGGGAACGAAUGGAGGUCUCAUGAUUGAAGAUUCCUUGCUUGACCAAGCACCUCAGGCCCCGCGCCCAAUCCCAUCCCCCGAGGUAAACCUGAUUACUCGUCCGACUAUACAAACAACCGAAGAAAUAGUGUGCGGGUUCCAAUACCAACCACCACCCAGCCACGGUGGACGUAGCAAUGCAAAUCAGCGACAGAAUUACCCCGAAACUAAUCGGGUACCCGAAAUUUCUAACCCCAGCAGACGAGCAGAGCCCUCGCCGCCAGAGAACCACGAAGAUGAGUUGCCAGUGGCAACAGUAGUCACACAAGCUACUCAAGAAGAAGAGCCAAUCCCUACGAUAGAAAUCCCGCGCGAAACUAUAGGAGAUACUACCCAUGAAGUUCGAGUGCCAAUUGUCGACCAGCCUGAACCGAUAGGUGACGGUUACCCUUUUCCAGGUGCAAGUGAGAAACCGCGCCCUAGCGAGAGGAAGCAUACGUCAUAUCACUCUCCUUUUACCAAGGCCCAGCUUCCGAAGCCUAUCUCGGAUGUCCGCCGAAAGGCUCUUGCAAAUAUGUCACCUCGUAAUAGGCUGUCAAAGAGCAAUAUCCUUUCGUCCCCUUCCGCUAGACCUCAGAAUGAACUAGCACAGGUGCAAGGAAAUCCCGACAAAAGGGCUGCCUAUAAGAAUGAGCAGCGCCUAACGGCCCAGAGACCUAACCUAGAAAGCAGCAAGACUACCAAAGACACCCAUAAUAACAGGGAUAAGUACGCUUCGAGACGACAUCGACAGGCGGACCCACGUAAAAGGAAAGCUCUCCAGCAGCCCUUGCCCGUUGAAGUCAUACAAGCUGAGAUUGAUCAUUCAUUGAGGCCAUGUUCCCAGGCGUCAAACAUCUCAAAACCGCGCGCCCCUGCGAAGAAGUGGCGUAGUCCUAAUCGUGAGCAGAAUAGUGUUAAUCUAAUGAACUUUGCCGAAUCCUGGAAUGCCAAUUAUAUUUACAACCAACAGCUUCUGGACCGUUGGGAGCAUAAGAUGGCUAUGCUGGAGAGGCACAUCAAAGAACAGGAUGUGUCUAUUGAAAAGUACCAGAAAGCCAUCGAGUCUCGGGAUAAGGUUAUUGAGGAUUUAUCGGCAAGAGAAGCUGAGUUUAACGCUCAAAACCAAAAGAUACAGGAUGAAAUUCUCACAUCUACUGCCUCCCGCAAAAAGCUAGAAGAGAAACUAAGGGCUUGCAGAAACCGCCUGAACGAUGCGAUUGGUGAGCAACAGCGACUUUUCUUGCAAUGCAGGGAGAAAUGCGAGAAAGCAACCGCGAGCAUGAAGGCGGAAGGGCAAGCACGGAAGGAGUCGAUAGACGAAGCCUCUGCGGCCAUAGAUCUCGCUAGGGCCGAUAUCAAGCAAAGAGUUGCAACUGUCAUCAAAUAUACUAACGAGCAAGUCGGGGAAUUGAAGAAAACCAUUGAGUCUCUUGAAACUCAACUAGAAGAACAGGCAGAAGAGCUUAGCUUUGAAAGACAACGAACUGAAGACCUUCGCAAAGAGCUCGAUGAAUCCCACGAAUUGAAUGAGCAAUCACUCCGGUUAGCGACUACGCAAAACCAAAAGCUUUUAGAGAAGAUAGAGUCGGAACGUGAUGCUGCGAAGAAUGUCGAAACCCAUAUUCAGAAACAAGAUCAAAAGAUCGAUAAAAUUCUUGAGGUCCUGGCAGAGACUAGGGAGAGAACAAUAGAUCCUGCAACCUUAAUGGAGGAUAUAAGGGGAGUCCAUGACGACUCAGUUGCGAAAAUUACUGAAGAGGUACAGAACUCAGUACGCUCUGCUCAAGAAUCCGCUCUUGGAGGUCAUGAAAACUUUUCUGAAAACCUUGACGAUGUUCGCGUACUAUGUGAAGGCAUUGCCGAGCGGAUGACCGGACUUGCGGAGGCAGCAGUGUGGCAGCAAAGAGCACUCGAAUUGGAUAUGAAUGCAGAGGGCUAUGUGCAGCGGAUUCAAAACUUGCAAGACGACAUGCAGCAAGCGAUAAUCGAGAACAUGGAGCAGGGGGCAGAACGGUGGCAACUUCAAACCCAGUUGACGAAUCUGCAAAACGCCAAAUCCAAUGAGCAGGCUGCAAAGGAAAAAGGCGAUGAUCUAACGAGACAAAUUGAAGAGCUUCGUAGAGAACUGGCCGAAAAGGACCAAACAAUCACUCAGUCGAGCGAACGACUUGAGGCAGCGAGGGAAGAAUUGAGAACACAGGCUCGUAUUCUUCGAGACAAGGAAGAGCAAAUCCAGAAUGAGCACGAAAAGCACAGAGAAGCCCUCGAGUCACAUGCCCAACAACGCGAACAUGAAAUUGCGCAUGCCGUUGCAGAAGAGACAAACAAUAUCAAGGGAAAAUAUCAAGACGUCGAGAAGCAAUUUCGAGAGGCAGAUGAGGCUCGCGUCCGGCUUGAACAGGAACUUGCUAAGUCACGGCAAGAAAUAGAGACUUUGAACGAAGCAAAUAUUGGGGAAGACUUACAUGAAGUUCAAGCAGAAAUUGUGGCGAUGGUCGCUUCUAUAACUAAGCUAACCACGGGCUUAGAAGAAUCGGAGCAGGAACGAACGGUUUUGCGAAGCAGUCUCGAAAAGUGGUCACACGAUCGAAUCAGCGUUGACCAGAUGAAACACAUACUAAAGCGUUUGGCGAGGGACCAACCGAGCGCGAUCCAAAUGGGCGGACAACUGAAGGAGCUGCUAGAAAUCCAGAAGAAGCUAUCGGGAGCUCUAGAAUAUCACCGAGCGGGGUUAGCUAGCUCAGAGGCAGCGGCGGUCAUUGACAUGAGCCGACUUGAUAGCGACAUGGUUUCUCAACCUGGUACCAGGUCUAACAUUGCCAAUAGCGUGCAAAAUGGUGCGCCUCACUUACAAGUGGACACAGCAAACCUCAAGCGAAAAGUCGUAGUGAGGUCUCCAGCCAAUGAAAUUGAUCCCGCGCUUCCAAUAUCUAUUGAAGAGGAAAGAAGUUCUAGGCGACAAUUGGUACCUGCACGAGGGAUAAUGAAAGUUGGCACUGGCAGCAAUCCGACCGAUUUUGAAGCGGAAGAAAGCGCUCUAGAUACGGGCACCCAAACAUCAAAAACGCCACAGCCACCGUCUCAGCGAAGAAUAGCAAAGCGUGGCCGGAAGACCCCUUUAAUCACUCAUAGUAUGUACAACCGACCUGUUGCGGGUUCUAUCAAUUCCAGCUACGAAGAAAUCGAAGAUGAGGACAUUUAUGAUAUCCCAAUUAAACGACAAAAAACUUUUGAAGACGACGAACAGCGGAAUGAAGGAGCACACACCAUAGAGAGUAUAAAGUUGCCUCGUUCCAUGUCUACACUCCCGUCGUCUCAAGAGGCGGAGGAACGCGAGCAUAUUGAGGGAGCUCCAUCCAGGUCCAACGAGAUUUCCUUACGAAGGCGUCCUGUAGAACGACAACGAACAAGGCUGGGAGCUUUCGGCUUGCGGAGCUUCAAGGGAAAAACAUCAUACAAUCAACUACCCACUGGUUUCGGGACUGGUAGACCAAUAGAUAGCCAAUUGACUAUGGCUUCUUCCCAGGCGAUAAAAUUAUCGGAUAGUCAGGGCUAA